AUGUUAAAAUCUAGUCAACCAAUGAUUUGCCUAAACAUCAGUGGAUUAGUAACAUACAUCAGAAAAGAGAGGUACAUCUGUAUGGCACAAAUUUUCAUUAAUGGUAGGAAGCAGCCAAUAAAUAGAACUACAUCAAUUGAGAAACAUAAUAUAGAAGAUCUACCAUUGUGCAUUCAGGACAAAAGAAUCCAGCGUAGUAUUAUUGGAUCUAAAAUCACUAUUGCUACGAAUUUCUACAGCAGGUCGAAAUAUUAUAAUAUAUCUGUUAGGAAGGGAUAUGUUGAACUUAAAUUUGAUAAAAAUCUUUCUGUUUCCAGUAAAAACAUUUCGAUGGACAUAUUCAACGUGACUGUCAGUGGAUAUGAAAUAAUAAUUAACAUAACAGAAGUCAGGGAUGAAGACAUCGGAAAUUAUACAAUCGAAAUGCACAAUGAGUUUGGUUAUGCUAUGUGUACAGUGCAGUUACUACCUCGUGGAAAGAAAGAUCAUUCAGGGAUCGUUGAAACAGAAGCAACAGAGAAAAGUAAGCAGUAA